CUCUUUUUAUCAUCCCUCGUCUAUCUAUCGCCUGUCCGCUGACUUCGCCGUAUGGCGCGCUCAGCCGGAACGGCUAUCACCGAUAGAGGAACGUCUUAGGAAAUUAUAUUAUCCAGCAUGAUAUUGUACAGUCAUGCAGACUUAGAGUUCCUCACCGCUCGAUUCGACCGCAUUCUUGCGUUGUCGCUCUAUAAUCUCGAGUCAAUCAGCGCUUCCUCUGUCAAGUUUCAAUGGCGCCAUAUAAACCCCGCAGCUUCACCGCAGGAGAGGACCCGUUGAGCAAGUUCAUCGUAGUGCAAAAUCUGCCUCGACCGCCAGAUCGGCAGUUCCUUUUCCAUGGGAUCAUGCGUCCGAGCAGGGGAAUCUACGCAGAACUUAUUAAAGGCGGAAAGAACCCCCCUACGCACUUCCAUCGAUCAAAGUGGGAGUUCUUUCGCGUGCUGAAGGGGAAUCUAACGAUUAACUUGAAUGGGGUGCCUGCUCAUGUCACCUCGGCUACCGGUGAGAUCGCGGUGAUCCCGUACACGCAUCACGUCAUCUACGGCACUCCGGGAACAGAAAUGAACGAGGUUAAAUUCGUCAUUAGUGCCACUGAUCGACCUGCUGAAGACAAUGUGACGGGGUUGGAUCAAGAAUUUUUCGAGAAUUGGUAUGGAUAUCAAGAAGAUAUUUUCGAGCGUGGGGUGAAGUUGGAUCUCAUCCAAGCCUUAGCGAUGUUUGAUGCUGGAGGAACCUAUCUCUCGCCUCCGUGGUGGGUUCCAUUUCGUUCGUGGGUCGGGUUGUUCCUGGGGAUCGUCAUGGGACGUUGGAUAGGGGGCCUGCUCAGAUAUGCACCUUUCUAUCCAGAGUGGACGACUGAUUGGCAAGGUGCAUGUGACAUUAUGGAACGAAGCUACUUUCAGUGGCGAUUUGUAAAGCGGAAUGCACAGCAACUAGCUCGAAAGAAGUUCGAGAUGAAAAGUCUAGAAAUAUUCCUGUUCUAGAAACAAUUUUCCCACCAACCAAUGGCUGACUCAAUGAUAUCCUGUUAGGCAUUGGCGCAGCUAGGUAUCGGACGCGGGUAUAUCGUAUAGUGGCA